AAAAUAGUAAUAAAUAUUUCAGAAAUUCAUUUCUAAAAAGCAAACACUCUGGAAACCAUAUCAUUAUGUAUAAAUUAAAUAAAUAAUAGUUCUUGUCUUGAUAUUAAACCUUGUAAUAUAAUUAAUGUUUAUUAAUUAAAAGGUGUAAACCUCCACACUGUGUCGCUUUAAAUGCUAUCUUUUAGUCAAUGCUUUUAGCGAUAAGUAGUAUAUUUUGUUAUUAGAACCAAAAUCAUAACAAACGUAUUCAAUUUCAUGAAUAAAAAAGAUUAGUUAGUGCGUUUUAUUAUGCCAGAUUCAUUCGAAAUAAUCGUAGGGACAUACGAACAAUAUUUACUCGGUUACAAAAUAAAUAAUGAUGAUAAUGAAUAUAAAAUGGAAAAAAGUUUUGCUACUCAUAGCCAUGUCAAUAGCAUACGUAGCGUUGCGAGUAACAAAAAUUUUUUAGCAUCCAGUGGAGCAGAUGAUUCUAUUUAUUUAUAUGAUUUAAAUAACAGAGUAGAGUUUGGUAGAUUAAUGCACCAUAAUGAUACUGUUAAUUGCAUCGUGUUUGCCCCUGAUGCAUCUCAUCUGUUUUCAUGCAGUAACGAUGGAACUAUAGCUGCAAUUCGAUGCGGAAAUUGGCAAAUGGAGAAACAUUGGCAAAAGCCACACAAAGGUUUAACCGUUAAUACUUUAGCUAUUCAUCCAUCAGGAAAAAUAGCACUAUCUACUGGAGCGGAUGGAAUUCUUCGAACAUGGAAUCUAGUUAAAGGAAGACAAGCAUAUGCCACAAAUUUAACCCCAAGAUUGAAAUUAGAUGCUAAAAAUAUACACAUUCUUAAGUGGAGUCCCAAUGGUGAUAAGUAUUUGUUAGCUGUAAUGCAAACAAUAGAUGUGUAUUCCGUAAAAUUAGCAGGAAUUGAAAAAGAAAUUAAAUUCAACUCAAAAAUUGUUUGCGUAGAAUUUUUGAACGAUGAUUUAAUUGCUGUGGGUUUAGAAAAUGGUCAAAUUAAAUUAUAUGAUCUUGAAAAAUCAGUGUGCACUGUAGAAGCAGUUGCGCACGAUAACCGAGUGAAAUGUAUAGCUUUUAAGGAUAAGUUUUUAGUUACAACUUCAAGUUCUGGAGAAAUUAAAUUAUGGAGGUAUAAGAAAUAUAAAUUAGAUAUGCUGCAAAAAGUUAAUUGUGGUCUUAGAAUUACCUGUUUAUCUUUUGCAGUAUCGUGUAAGAAUUAGUAUUUAAAUUAAAUAUGUUGUAAAACACGAUAUUUUCUAUCAGUUUACCUUCUGUGAACUUUAUAAAAAAUACGAAUAUAAUUUUUCCGAAUUCAAUAUUUUGAUAUCUCGUUUUGUAAUUUUUUUCGUCGUAUUUACUAUUUAUUCUAUGUAUUACAAUCUUAUAAAGAUAUAAAUCACUUUUUUUUCUUCUCAUUCAAAUCAUAGAUUUCGUCUUUACUAUCAUUAUUUAACAAUUUUCUACUCUUCUUGGAUUCUAAGUUCAAGUAUUACAUCAGCUUCUUUCUUCUCUUUUUCUUCAGAACCAAUCUAUUUUUUAUUUAGAUUUCAUUUAUUAAUUAUUUGCAUAGAAUUUGCAUUUUUCAUUCACACUUUUUCUUUUCUUUUCUUCGACUUCUUUGUUAAAAAUAAAAUGAGAUUUAUUUAAAAAUAAUUUUUCAAUAAUUUCCAAUAAUUUUAAUGAGAAACUUUACAAUCUUUUAAUUAAUUUAUUAUGACAUGCAAUCAACUCUACAUUUAACUCAGACAUGAAAAUGGAUAAUCCUCUGAUUUACUAUUUUUACAUGAUAUCUAAUAUUUUUAUUCAAUCCUCCAUCGUUUGGAUUGAUUGAAUUGAUAUUUAUCAAAUUAUUACAGAAAUUUCUUUUCUGAUAGUAGCCUUAAAUUUUUAA